AUGUUCUCCAUGCUCGGAUUUAUCAUGGUGCUUUCUGCGCUUCCAAGCACCCUGAUCGCCCAACAAACCCACAACGUUACUUGCUUCAAGUCCCAGUACACCGGGCUUAAUGUAAAUCAUUGUCAAAGAGCUCUCCGAAACAUUGUGUACGACUCGAAUGGCCUCUUGGACAGUCGUUCCAGCACGGUUUUCACGUGGCACAAAACCUGCGUUAUAAAUAUCCAGAAGCUCCAACAAAAACAGCCGACGAGGCAAUGGGUCGAAGCUACUGUUCUAGCAAUUGCUCGAACUUGUCGCACUUCGGGAGGAAUCCGAAACUACGCUGACGGAACUCAGGCACAAGUAUAUCGUUCUACGACUAGCAACGUCUAUAAUGUUAACCAGCCAAUUUGCCAAAAGCGCGCUUGUAACUUCCAACCUAACGACUGUCUACUUGCCCUGAACCAACUUCCUGUUGACCACAAGGGAAACUUCAAUGCUCAGAGCACAGCUACCCCAUCUGUCAAGGCUACCUGGGGCAAUUGUACGGUGCUCAUGCAAACCACGGAUUCUUCUAUCUUUCGCACCUCUCACCCUGAAGUCAACCCCUCCUUCAAGCGCGUCUUGAACCAGUGUGGCUCUCGUCCUGGAACAAUUUACAUCAGCGGCGGGACGGAAGGCAACAAUGGCGAUGUCCGUCUCUCAACUCAAGGCUUGAACUGCUGA